GACUCCACACUCGCAAUCGCUUCGCGCCGCGAUUCGCUCACGCGUCGGUUUAUCUAUUAAACUGUCAUAACCUUCUAUGGCGGCUACUUGGUUAUUGGGUGCGAACUUGAUCAACCAAAAAUCAAUUUGACAGUUCCCAGUUUGAAUCAGUGCCUUGCCGCAAACUAAAUCCGAUCAGCUGACGCUGCGGCGCUAUCGUGCCGCGAACUAAACUGCGAAAUCGCCGUGAAGUUGUGCGAGUGUGGAGUCUACGUCAACGUCGCGGUAUAGGGACCGUGCGCGUAGGAGGGUCUGCCAUCUUGUGGCCUGAAUCGGAAUCAUAAACAUGUACAUUUACACGUCACGUGUUUUCUUGUGCAUAGUUUUUUUUUUCCCCUUUGUUCGCUCCGCGAAGUCGCGCCGCGAUUCACGCGCAUAGUCUGGAGGGGGCUUCAGAUAUUAGAUAAAGUGUAGCCAACGUGGAUGCGGGGAUGCCAUAUUAAAAAAAAAAAACAACUUGUGUUAAGUGAAAUAGAUGGCGCAUUUUUUUCGAAUCAGGCGUCUGUCCCGCCCCUGGCGUAGGAUUUAUUAUUAUUAAAGCUUUUUUUUCCACUUAACAAGUUUGGCAAUGUAUUUCUAAUUUACAACUAUUUCUUCCAUCUUUGUUAUGUGGCCCCUCUGAGGGUAAAAGCCUCCUCCAUUCCUUUCCACCUUCCUCUGUCCUUUGCCAUAUGCAUCCAACAUUUUCCUGCUGUGGUUAUUAUAUCAUCGGCCCAUCUUUUCUUUUGUCUUCCCCAUUUUCUUUUGCCUGUUGGGCCCAGCCAUUUAGUUAUUUGGUAAGUCCAUCUCCUGUCUUCGUAUCUUGACAAGUGCCCGUCCCAGUUCCACUUCUGUUUUAAACUAAAUUCAAGGGCAUCUGUCAAUUUAGUUUUCAUGCGGAUGUCUGCGUUUCUCGUUUUUUGUAUUUUUCUCAGCCUCAGUAUACUUCGUUCCAUAGCAUGUUGAAAAGAUAAAAUUUUAUUUUUUACUUUUUCGGUGUAGACCCAUGUCUGGCUAGCGUAAGUUAAGCUUGGAAGAAUGGAAGAGUCCAUUAUAUUCUUUUUUAUAUUGAGCGUAGGGUUAGGUUAGGGUAAACAGCCUAGUAAUAUAACAUGAUUUCCAGUAAAGACAGUACAGCACAAAGAAAUGUAUAUAUUAUUGCAAUGUUCAGCCGCCAGAGUGCAGCACUAGCACCUAUAGUUAACCAUACAGUGACUUAUACAUACUGGGCCGGUGUUCGUCAAUUGCGGGCAUUUUUCUCUGUCACUAAUUACCCGGACCCGGAUACGUCCUUAAAUGAUUUCGGACCCGGGUACGUCCUUAAUCGACGUCCAAAAGAGAGGCCCAUAGGCAUUGUGAAUGUCAUCUCGCUUUGUGUGGUAGGGCACAGCCAGUGGAUGUCAUUCCAGAUCUAGAGCAGAGUCCAACUGGGGAAGUACCUCCACCUUACAGAAAACAGCAACAAAUAACACUAGACCCUACUCAUAGUGUUGUGUUCCUGCCGGUGAGUAAGGUUGCCAGAGCUCAACGAGUGGGGGGGCGGGUUUAAGGUCGGCAACGCGCAUGUAACGCCUCUGGAGUUGCAGGCGUACAUAGGCUACGGAUACUGCUUACCAUCAGGCGGGCCGUAUGCUUGUUUGCUACCGACGUAGUGUAAAAAAAAACCUCCUAAUGAGAGUAAAAGAGAAAGAUCUCCGCAAUUUGCGAAUUUUGGUUUUCGCGGUAAGCCCCAUGUUUUUUAAAGUUUAUUCGGGCGGUAAACAGUAUUUUUUGACAAGAUUUCACAGAUAAUAAAUAUGACUUUGAUGCACCAAGGCGGUAAGUUUACAAAGGGCCUAUCGGGAAAUAUCUGCCUCUUUAUCGCUCGAAUAUGCGAGAGUGAUAGAGAGGCUAGAUAACGAAAUUUCGAUUUUCUUGUUUCACGGUAGACCUUUAAAUUGUGAUGGAUUGUGGUAGUGGCGCCUCCAACGCAGACUUUCACGUAAAAUUCCCCAUUGAUGACAUAUAAAUAACAGUUUCAUUUCAUAGUCUGCGCUAUCAAAAUCACUGCAGAGUUAUCUCGGUUUAACUCUAAAUUCCUCAGUAUUUCCAGAAAUUAUAUAAACUUUUAUAUUUAACUAAAUAUUUAACUCGGGGGAGAAAUCAGAACGCACUGCCUAAUCUGACACUUCUGACAGUGACAAGUUUACUGUGACAUAAGACAUAAGUGACAUUGACAGUAUUGACAGUACGGAAUGAAAACUUUAAGAAAUAGUACUAGCGCAAAUCGGAAUUUCCACCGAUUAUUCCUAAUUUUCCCUUACUCAAAUAUAAACUGUAAUUGUUAAACUUUUCUACUAAUCGCUUGGGGUGCUUUUGUGACAUUAGACAUGAUGCAGUCACAGGAAAAGCGUCCUAAACAUGUAGACUUGGCCUCUUUAGAUCCUUCGGCGCGAGUCAAACAACUAGCUAACUAUGGAGCCAUGGUGGAGGUGGACCCCAACGUACCUCCGAGGAGAUACUACCGAUCAGGCUUAGAAAUGGUCCGUAUGGCAAAUGUAUACCUAGCAGAAGGCAGCCUCGAAAACGCAUACAUCUUAUACAUGAAGUUCAUGACCCUCUUCCUUGAGAAGAUGCGGAAGCACCCGGAGUAUGCAUCAGUGUCGGCGCAGGUGAAGAGUGUGAACCAGGCCAAGCUGAAGGAGGUGAUGCCUAAAGCGGAGAAGCUGAAGCAGAAAUUGUUGGAGCAGUUUGCUAAAGAGCAUAAGUUGUAUCAGGAGAAUGAGGUGAAAAGACGUUUAGCAGAGGAUCAGAGGAAAAAGCAAGAGCAAGAUGAUGCCAAGUUAGCGGAGAGACUGCAGGCCGACGAGGAUGGACGUGAUCACCCACAUUUGAAGGGUGCAGACAAAUGGGCAGUGUCCCCAUCCGCGCCGCCCGUGGAUGGAGUCCUGUACCCGGACGACUUCGCGGCCACGCCGCCGCGCGCGCCGCCGCACAACUACGAGCCCGUGCCGCCGCUUAUCCCGCCAUCGCACCAAGACAGCACCCCGGCGGGCCUGGCGCCGGGCCUGUGCGGCCUGCGCGCCGUGCUGGUGCCGGCGCGGCUCAUGGCGCACUUCCUGCGCCUCGCGCAGCCCAACACGACGCGAGACAUCGAGACGUGCGGCAUCCUCGCCGGCAAGCUGGAGCGCGACCAGCUAAAGAUCACGCACGUGAUCAUCCCGCAGCAGACCGGCACCGCGGACUCGUGCAGCACCAACAACGAGGAGGACAUCUUCCUGUACCAGGACCAAAACAACCUCAUCACGCUGGGCUGGAUACAUACGCACCCGACCCAGACGGCAUUUCUCUCGUCCGUGGACUUACACACGCAGUGCUCGUACCAGCUCAUGAUGCCCGAGGCCAUCGCCAUCGUGUGUGCGCCCAAAUACAACGAGACUGGAUUCUUCGCGCUAACUCCCGACCACGGUAUGCAGUACAUCACGAACUGCCGGCAGCUCGGCUUCCACCCGCACGCCGAGGACCCGCCGCUCUUCUACACGGUCGACCACAUUCGCAUAGACCAAUCGGCGUCCGUCGAGAUGGUGGAUCUUCGGAGAUGAGCGCACUGAUAUUUAGCUUUAUGUACCUGUCUAACAAGCACCCAGGUUGCGAACUAUCCCGUCAUCACAAUGACAUUUCCUACCCAGUUCCGGGUCUAUAAGUUACGUCACUGUCACCGUUGUGUAAUAGGGGCUAUGGAAGGCGGAGGUAAGGAAUAUAAUCUCCAUAGGCAGAACUGUUGCAAAAGUGUCCAGCUGUCAGCUAUAAAUAAUAGUUCCAAAUCUCUCCAGAGUAGCGCUAGUGUAGCUACGAACGUAGGUGUUAUUGACUGAGUGAAGUGCGCUGUCUGUGAUUGGUUUUUUUUUAUCAAAUAUUUUAGGUAUUGUAGAGCCACCUAUUUAAGGUUUUUUGGUAAAUGGAGAUUGUAUUCCUUACCUCUACCUUCCAUAAUAGGGGCCUAGUCAAGAAGACAAACUGUUGUCGAUAAAUGCCAAUCGCAGAGUACAGUAUCACCAUAGAGAAAUAAGUAAGCAUAGAGUGCUCACUCCAUACAUCAGUUUUCGUACCAAAACACUUUAUUAUUUUCGUAGUCAACAUCUAGCGUCAAGUAGCGGAUUUAUCAUUACCGCUACUUGACACUAGAUGUCUUGAGUGUCGCGACUGACGAAAAGUGUAUUGCUCAGAUAUUUACAACUAAUAUUACAAGCAGAAGGAGUUAAAAAUAGAGUUCCGGUUAAUCUAAUUUUAAUAUUAGCUAAAAAAAUGUUGAGCUUUAGACUUUUCAUUAGAAGCGACAUCUAUUGUCAAGUAGCAGUAGAUGUCCACUACGAAAAUAAUAAGCGUUGUGUCACAGAAUAAAUAAUAGUACUACCGUACAGAAAGGAAACUUCCUACAAAGCCGAAGUUUGACAGCCGCAUUCAGGGCCGAAUCAUGUUGUCCCUUUCUAAUGUAUGGAACUAUCCCUUUCGGCAUUUUAGGGUUGUCAAAAUUCAUGUAAUUAUCUGUGGUUUUGCACGCAAAGGAACGUCAAGUUGUGCCAACCCUAAUAAUUGCUCGGAGCAAUGCUGAGCCGGACGGAGCCGAGAAAGCCCGAACGCUCUAGUUUCCUCCCCCUGGUUUUGAAUGUAUGGAGUGAGCGCUCUAUGCUUACUUAUUUUGCUAAUUACAUAACUUUUACACAUUAAGUUGCGAGUCUAUAAACGAGUCUCUCACUUGGCUAGUAUGCACACUAUUUAAUCUCAAAACGAUUUCGAAAGAGACCGACGUCGGUGAGAAUGGUUAUGUGCAAAUGCGAGUAGGUACAGUAAUGUUGGUAAAAAAUUUCCUUCGAAUCCUGUUUUUUUUAGAGUCGAAUCGGUUAAGUUAAAGUCAGAUAUUUUAAACCCAUUUGACUCUCCUUUAGAAACUUGAGUCCUUUCUUGAGUCUUUUCUUUAUUUAAAAUACUCACAGCCAGCGACCCGACCGGGUUCUCUAUUCGUAGGCGCUUUUCGCUACAAAGAGAAUAAACAACGUAAUCGGCUACACUCGUAGCGCGUAGUGCACACUGACAGCGAAUGCGUUAAGAGGAUAAGACAUUAUCUUUAAAAACGAUUGCGCUCUACAAAAAAUUACUGACGUCUAAUAAGAUUCUGUACUCUUUUAACCCUUUGACCGCCAAAGACGUCAAUUGACGCGCGGCUACAUACCAAUAUCAGCCUUCGAGCAUUACGACAAGGUUCACAAUGACGUGCCGCAUAUGAUUGACGUAAGUUUUAAAAGGGUUAUAGUCGUUCGAUUUGUAGCUGGCCCCGUGCGGCUAAUCCUUUGUCUAUUGUUAAGUAUAACCGCACGUGCCACUACCUGCAAAAAAUGGUCGGAUCACUUUAACCGGUUAUUGAAUUACAACUCUUAUGGAAAUUGCAGUAAGAUUUAAAAUGAACAAAUGGAAAAAUAAUUUGCUAUUUCUUCGGUGGUCCCUCUACGGUUACUGGGUGCCGGCGAGUCGAACGCUACAGAACUUGUUUAAAAUGUGUGCUCUAGAUGCGGAACAAAGCGUUAUCAGAGAACGCACCUACUGGUUUUUUGAGCGUUGGACUAACCCGCGCUCAGGUGCCAAUUAGAAUUAUACGACCCUUUUUUUGCAGCUAGUGCGGUUUUACUCAAUAAUAGACAAAGGAUUAGCCGCUCGGGGCCAGCUACAAAUCGAACGACUAUACGCAAAUAGUAACCGAAAUAAAACCGAGUUGACUUCUUCAAAUUUAGACUUGAAAUAUGGAUUUUUACCAACGUAUACCUGUUUUAUAAAUGAAUAAAUAGUAUUUUAUACAAUCGUGAUAUAAUAGAGAGCUUUUCAGUCGAGUACCGUGUUUAGGCAAGGAAGCUUGCUGAGCUGCCUAAGUAAGGUACGAGAUUGAAAAGCUUGAUUGUAUAUGAAUACUUUUUCUACGAGUCAUCUAAAAUAAUACUUUUUUUACUGUAAAACCUAAAUAAUUAAUGAAAGUUCUCAGUUAACAAAAAUGUAGUACAAAAAACAUAAACGCGCAAUUAUUGUCGCCCGUUUAUGUCUUUUCUAUGGGAGGGCGGCGGCACGUGAUUAGUCAAACUAUUUAUAGUUGACUACAGCGUAUCGAAAUGAAUAUUAUAGUUGUGUUGGGAGCCGAUACAUGAAAAGUACGAAAUUAUAGUUUGGUAAACGAUUACAGUCGACGAGUAGAAAAUAUACCUUAUGAUUGAAUCCACGCGUGCUUCCUUUUGCACUUUAGUUAAGUGUCAUAUUAGAAGUGUCCAUAGGUUUUGAUCUGCAUUUCUUAUUUGCAAUGCAAUAUUUAAUUAAAACUACAGGAUAUUUUUUCAACUCUUAGCCAUAUUUUGCGGGGUGACUGUGUAUGAACUAUCACUAUGGGACCAACCCCUAAUUCGAAAAUAUAUCAACAUCUGAUAAGCUGAAACGAAAAAAACUUGAAAUUUUAUGUUGGGUCCCAUAGUAGAAGUGUUUAGUAGCAGAAUGAUCUACUUAUACACGGUGUAACACGAGCAACCCGAAAGAUUUUAACCUCGCACUUCUGAAGCCAAAAGAAGAAAAAAAAUCAUCAAAUGUUAUGGUAAACCUGGCGAAUUUUAUACUUUUUUUUCGUGAAAUCUAGUUUUUGCAAAGUGUUAUUUGUCACUUUUUGACAUCUAUCAAUGAGUAUAUUUAGACUGCAACUCAUACCAUCAAAAAAGCGUUUUGCACUAAGUAACAAUAAAAUGUUUUUUUAUUGGUAUUAUAAGCGGUGGUGGCCGAGUGGAUAUGACGUUUGACUUUCAAUCCGGAGGUCGCGGGUUCAAAUCCUGGCUCGUUGGUAUGAGUUUUUCGGGACUUAUGUACGAAAUGUCAUUUGAUAUUUACCACCAGCUUUUCGGUGAAGGAAAACAUCGUAAGGAAACCUGCAUACAUGUGCGAAGAAAUUCAAAGGUGUAUGUGAAGUCCCCAGUCUGCAUUGGGCUAGCGUGUGGACUAUAGCCCGAGCCCUCUCGCGUAUGAGAGGAGGCCUGUGCCCAGCAGUGGGCCGUAUAUAGGCUGAUUUAAUUUUAUUAUUAUUGGUAUUAACUUUGAAACUAGGUGAAAUCCAGAAAAGUUUAUAUGACAUUUAAGUCUUUAAAUGUGAUCAGGAAUACACUGUUAAAAUCUUUCUGGUUCCCCGUUUUACACCUUGCAUAAUAUGGCUGAAGGUUCAAAAGGAAACCCUGUAGGUAAAAUGUUCUUACGUCGCUACCUCGUAAAUACUGUUCUAUUUCGAUUAUACGCAAACUCAAAAGCCUUCAAUUUAUGCCAGCAGUUAGCUUGAAUGAGGCAUUUACACACUGACUCCGUGAUGGGCAUUUUCAUUACAAGCUUUUAUGUAUGUAUGUAUGGUGGGGUCAAAUCUUGCAAGCUAAUUUAGACCCACUUCCCAUCAUCCGAUUGGGCUUCAAACUUCACAUACAUAUGUAAGUUGGGUGAAAAUGCAAUAUUAUGGUACAAUAAAGUAUAAAAUAUGGGUGCACAAGAGGUGGCCAUAGGAACUCUGUGAUAAAACAACGCAAAAACCUAAUUGUGUUUGGUUUAGUAAAAAUGUCGCAAUGAGUAUUAGUUGCCUAUUCAAAGAAAAGUACGGUUAGCGAUAAAAGCUUGAUGAUGAAAUGAUUUUUUUGACAAUAUCUUAAAUGUGACUAUAAUUGUUAUUUUUAUCAAUUUAAAUGUUACAUUAUGAAAUUGAAAUGUAUGUGCAAUGACAGAAUAGAAACAGACUACAAUCUACAUUCUAUUUCUAAGGUCUUUAAGGAAUUAGGGUGUUACCAGUCCAUCGAUGGCAUCGACGUCGACAUAGACAGUCGACGUCGAGCGAUAGUUUUUACUUAGACAAAUCGAUCGAUCGAUCGAUGCCAUCGAUCGAUUGGUGUGCAACACCCUUAGUCAGUAUUUAUUGUGUAAUCAGAGGUUUAGCCUGAAGACUGAAGCUUAUACUAGAAAUGAAAUAGUGAGAUGUAUUUGUGAGGAUAUUUGCUAUACUUCGUUUUUUUAGCAUUAGAAAAAGACGAUUUUGACGUGUCCCUUUAUUGAAAAACAACUAAAAAAUAAGUCACAGAAAAUAUGUAACAAUUAUAUAGCAUAUUAUUAUAUGUUCAUUUACAUCCUUUUGAUUUCGUAAGUAAUAGUAACUACAUUUUUUUUACGUUUGGGUUCCGUACCCAAAGAAUAAUAACGGGCCAUAUUACUAAGACUCCCACUGUCUGUCUGUCUGUCUGUCAUCAGGCUGAAUCUCAUAUACCGUGAUAGCUAGACAGUUGAGAUUUCACAGAUGAUGUAUUUCGGUUGUUGCUAUAAUAACAAAUACUAAAAACAGAAUAAAAUAAAUAUUUUAGUAGGGCGCCCAUACAACAAAAGUGAUUUUUUUUGCCGAUUUUUCCGUAAUGGGACGGAACCCUUCGUGCGUGAGUCCGACUCGCACUUGGCUGGUUUUUUAUUUUAAUAAAUGAUGUAGUUAUUUCUAAUGCUAAAAAGCGAGAUAUAGAAAAGAUAAAUAUUAAAUUAAAUAAUAUCCAUAUUUAUAAUAGGUAUUCGCUAAACACGAUGCUAUCUAAUGUUGGGAGGCUAAGUUAUAAAAAUAUCCAUAGUUUUUCAGAAAGGGUUUUUAACUUAUUUACGAAAGUAGGUCUUAUUGUGAUACGUAAAAGGUCGAGUUUAGAAGUGUUUUCACAUAAAUUAGUAAUUCGCAGAAUCUUUAAAAUUACAAUCAUUUGAGAAAGCGAACUUUGAGCUGAAUUAGAUAUAGUUCGUGUCAUUCACGAUGACGCGCAGAUUUGUCAAAUCUAACCUUUAAUCACAUGACAAUACGAGUCAAGGCACGCGUCUUCGUGAAUGACACGAUCUAUUAAGGUUGAUUUUGGAUUAUCUUGUUACAUUACAAAAGUGUAUCUCGAAUAACUAAAAAAACUCGUUAUUUUAAUAAAUGUUGCAUUUUUUGUUAAUCGCACUGAGUGUUAACUAUUGUUAUUUAAUUAUUAAUUUCUCACUAAGUAUAUUGCUUUAUGCUGAAUAGCACUAUUUUGUGUAAAUAUUUAAUUAUUGAGGUUAUGCAAAAGUGAUGCAUUUAAAGAGUGCAAUGUUAAGGUUGGUCACACUUACCAAGUAGACGUUGAAAAUGGGCGUUUCCAGACAUCAAUGCUGAUUCCAAACCUCUUUGGAUUCUGAGAUUGGAGGAUUUAACAACUGCAGUCGCCUUUAAGAGCUUACCUCUGUCGAAAACCUCAGCCAAUGGUCAUGUGUAUUGUAUGGACUGACGUUUAUCUGACAUGGCUAAUUGUACGUACAAAUAAACAUACAUUUGACAUGCCCCUCCCCGCAAAAAUUGGCAGAUUGUUUUGUACAGAAGAUUACAGACGAGGCGUCUUCAGUUGUUAAAUCUUAAUGAGUAAUUUAUUUUCAAAUUCACUUGGUAAAUGUGACCAAAUAAUUAGUUUUAUUACAAUUGAAUGUGAUUCACAAUUCGUAUGGACCAAUGUGAAUAAAACUGCUAUCAAAUUA